AUGGCAAUAGAUGAAAUAACAUAUACAUCACAGUGUGUUAAAUAUAAUGGAAUAACACCAUCCAUAGAUCCACCACCAUCGACCAUGGAAAUGACGAAAACAGAAUCUAUAGAAAUAUUAACGACAACACCUAAUACUGUUCUCAUCACUACAACGACUUAUGCUGAGUGUGCUCAAUAUAUUUGCUAUAAUGAAGGUAUUUGUAUAUCAUCAUCAACACCAGGUGGCAAACCAAUAUGUAAAUCUGGUUUUAAUGGUCCACGACGUGAAAAUAAAGAGUCAUCGUCAAACAAGAGUAAUUUGGGUGCUAUUUUGGGUGAAGUAUUUGGUGUACUUGCUGCUAUUGCUUUAUUAUUGUUGGAUAUAGUUGCAAUUGCAAGUACACAAUUAGUUGAUUCAUUACCAAAAGGUUCAACUAAGAAUCCUGCUUAUAGUCAAACUGAAAUAAUUGAUACAUAA